UAUGUGUGGCAGGAAUCAAGAUUGCAUAUCUGAGUCUGACUUCACAAGUUGCAGAUAAGUGAACAAGUUCCGCCCGAUACUUGCUUAUGUCAUGCGACGUUUGUGGGUUGAAGUUUCCUGUCAGACCAUGACAUGUCUGACACCGUGACCAUGGAAAGCGUAACGUGGGGUCUGAUGAGCGCGCUUGAGAGCUACUUUACCUGCCUUCUUCCCAUCCAUCCCGCUCAACACUUCCGAGUCCCACGAUGGAUUUCGCACAUCCCUCAUCUUCUAGCGGCUCAUGGAACCGUCUAUGCAAUGUCGUAGAAUAUAGCGGCAUUUUCGAUUCUGAAUAUCGCCAGCCCCACUCACGGUGCAUGGAAAACACACGCGUCGCCCUUCGGAAGAGGAUCAUACAAGUCCUUAACCAACGUGAUCGGACGAAUAUCUGGCUCAACGGUCUCGCCGGUGUUGGAAAAACGUCUAUCGCAUUCACCAUAGCUGAGGAGAUGAAAGCGGCCAAGAGGCUUGCUGCCACUUUCUUCUUUUCGCACAAACAUGCACACAAAGACAAAGCUGCCGCCAUUAUUCCUACCAUUGCAUACCAGCUGGCACUAGCUUUUCCGCGCAUUCGAGAGGAUAUUGUGAAAGCGAUCGAGAACGACGACAACCUCCUAUCACCUGGAAAAUCUCACGCAGAUCAGAUACGAGAGCUCGUCAUAAAGCCACUGCAGACGUUGAGAUUCCGACAAGACCUUUAUGUCAUCAUCAUCGAUGCUCUUGAUGAAUGUUUCUCCUCUGAAGAGGCGGCAAGACUUGUAACGCUGUUGACAGACGCCCUCGCGAGCCCAGACCUGCCAUCCAUCCACGUCAUAUUCACAAGCCGCCCUGAGGAGCAUAUCCGCGCUGCCAUGCCCUCCGGUGUCCACGAGAUUUUCCUUACCACUCGUGAUGAAGACACCAUACAGGAUGUUCGUUUCUUUCUGCGAGCAUCACUGGACAACAUACGGACAAUCCGUCCUGCCGUUUUCGGACAGCCUCCCUUCCCCUGGCCAUCGAGGGAUGAAUUCGAGACGUUGGUCUUUAAGGCGGGCGGUCUGUUUGUUUACGCUGCCAUGGCCAUGAAUUUCAUAUCCGCCACUGGCCAUCAUCCACAGGAGAGGCUAGAACUCUUACUACGCGAGAGGCCGACUGUUGGUGCUGACAUUGAUCAGCUUUAUCGGCAGAUCAUUGCAACCUCGGAAGAUCCACUUUCGCACUGCCGGAUGUUAGCGUCUAUCAUCCAUUUAGCCAGACCGUUGCCACUUGUGGAACUUCAAGAACUCUUUUACGCGGAUAGAAGAAACCUGGCCAUGAUGCUUGAAGCAUUUUCACCAGUGAUCUUGAAUGAUGGGGUUGGAAAUGUUGAAAUCUACCACGCUUCGCUCCGGGACUUUAUGGACAGCCCUCGACGCUCGAAGCAAUAUCACAUAGAUGGUGCACACGCUCAUGAGCACCUUGCAUGCUGCUGCCUUGAUUUCAUCACACGCCAGGACGCCAAUCGGACUCGUGCCAUUCUAGUGUCGUCAUUGUCUUAUCCAUAUCCAUAUCAGAUGUGGCAUAUCCAUCUUUAUCUUGCCUAUCCUAGCAGAAAAAUUCGAAAUCUACUGGCCCUAUUUACAGGCACAACACUACGAGAUUGGGUACAGACCUCGGACCCUAAGAACCCCUACCUUGCACGCACUGUCCAGGGCGCAAGAAGGACUUGUUUGUCAUUGAAUUGGAUCAGGGGUCCGUCGGACAUUGUGGUUGCAUGGCGUCUUCAUAAAAGUUAUAAAAAGUUUAUAAAACUAGCAAUGGCAAGAAACCGACGCUAGCCUAUACAACACGGAGCCCAACUAGCUAGAAUUCCAUAAAUGCAGCCAUUUGGAUCGAUUCUCGCUACCGGACACUACUACUAGCCAGUGUAAAUAAAUUGAACUCCCUGGUCCUCAAAAACAAGAAGUGACUUGCUAGCAGCUACGCCAGUACCAUGCUCGUGUCAAUGUAUGUCCGUGGAAAACACUGCCCUUGGAACCCAAGCACUGGCUUCUACUUGAACAGCAGUCUAUAUGCUGAGUACAAGUACGUUUUGGUUGCUCGUGCACCCCAUCGUCCUUCAUAGACUCGGAUGGGCUGGUCACCGGUUUAGCCUAAGGUGGAAGAUUCAGAGAUGGGUACAGUGGAUGCCUGCUACGGUGCAGUCAUCCUCUAAGGGGAAGGGACGCGUGUGUCAG